AGCAGCAUCAAUGGUAACAGUAGCACUAGCAGCACCAAUAGCACCAGUAGUACUAGCAGCACCAGCGCCAGCAAGGGCAGUGUGGCCCGAAAGAGGACAGCAUCAACCGCGGCUGCAGAACAAGAAGGAGCUCCAAGGCGCAAGCGUGCGGCCAAUGCGGCAUCAGGGCAGGAAUCGGCAACUAGCCAGGCCCCAGGAAGUGCCUAAACCCCAUCUCAACCAUAUAUGUGUUCGCAAGCACAUUUAAAAAUGAUCGUUGGUGCGUUUUUAAUGCUCCAACGGUGAC